AUGGCGCGAACUUUGCUGCUCCUGCUGCUGGUCAGCAUUGUCCUCCAACCCACUUUGGCUGUGUACCAGUUAAUCCAAGAUUAUUCCGGAGACGCCUUCUGGCAAGGCUUCGACUUCUUCACGGACCCGGAUCCCACUGAUGGUCUCGUACAGUUCCAAUCUCUGGAGCAAGCAAAUUCAACAGGAAUAGCAGGGUUCAUAGAGGGAGGCAAUGCUUCGUUCGCCAUCUAUAUGGGUGUGGACACUGAAAACGUCGCUCCACAGGGUCGAGCUGCUGUACGGGUCUCAUCAACACAAUCAUUCCAACAUGCCUUGGUCGUUGCCGACAUUGUCCACAUGCCUGGUGGUGUCUGUGGCACUUGGCCUGCGUUCUGGAUGGUGGGGGCAGACUGGCCGAACAACGGAGAGAUCGAUAUCGUCGAGGGAGUCAACGACCAACCUACGAACUCUAUGACUUUGCAUACCGGACAAGGCGCGGUGGUCAGCAACAGCACCGACUUCUCAGGCGAAUUGAUCACAUCGAACUGCGACGUCAAUGCCCCCGAUCAACCCAUGAAUGCGGGAUGUUCAAUUGGCGACAUUUCCAAUUUGACCUUUGGACCCGAAUUCAAUGAGGCCGGCGGAGGGGUUUUUGCAACCGAGUGGACGUCGGAUUUCAUCAAAAUAUGGUUCUUCCCACGAGGGACCUUCCCCGAUGAUAUUGUCAGCAGCAAUCCGGCCCCGUCCGAAAACUGGGGUACCCCAAACUCGCUGUUCCAAGGCUCAUUCAACAUCGACGAUCAUUUCAAGAAUCUCCAGAUCGUCUUUGACACAACCUUCUGCGGGCAGUGGGCUGGUGCUGUCUGGAACACAUCGUCUUGUGCAUCUCUGGCACCGACAUGCGAAGACUAUGUGGCGAAUAAUCCCGCAGACUUUGCCGAUGCUUACUGGGCGAUCAACACCCUACAGGUCUUCCAGGAUGAUGGUUCAGAGGGCAGCAACGCGACGGCAAAUCCGGUGAUGGCAAGACGCGGAGCUGCCGGGACUCACCCAGGGCGGCUCCCGACGCUGCAACAAAGAGCUAGGAAAAGAGUGCUCCCAAUUUAUUCAUGA